AUGCCUGAACACUCUGGUGAUGGGCACGAUGAUGAAAAUGGGGAGGGAAGAGUCGUUGCCACCACAGGCAUCAUGGCUUUUGAAGAGAAGCUUAAACGCAAGGGGAAAAAGACCGCAUGCUGUGGCUUGCCGGUUUGGACCUUGGUCCUCAUCGGAACCGUGAUGCUCAUUGGAGGAUGCAUUGGAGGUAUCAUUGGGGGUAUUUUGGGAACCAAGAAAGCCGCAGAAGCUACAAAGGAUGACCAAGACGCACAAAAAUCCAGUGCAUUACCAAUAAUCACGGUCACUGCGACUCCUCAGAUGGAUGCAUCCAUGAUAUCAACUCCCACGAAUAUCAAAGAAGUCCCUACCGGCCACUAUCUGGUCCCUUCCGGCUAUCAGAAUGGAUCAGGGCUGUGCGUGGACGAGUCGAAUUAUGGGAAAGCCUGGAAAUGCAUGCAAACGCCUAGCAAAUUUGACAUUUACGUCAGCGAAACAAAAGGGCACCAUUCCAUCGUUUUCGACUAUGGUCCUCCAACCACGACCUUUACAUAUGGUGCCCAGGCGCCAUAUUGGUCUGCUGCACCUACACAAGCAUUGAGUAUGGCGAUCGACACCACUGAUAUUGGCAUGGGCCCUGCUCUGUUCUUCCUGUCGCCCUUCGAUAAGUUGGUCAUUGUCCCUGAGGACACAUUUUCUAAUUCCCUUUCCAAGCGCACAUGGGUGGAAGACGAGUGGGCACAGGCGUCUGCCUACAAGAACCUGAAGCAGACUGCAGAGGUCGGCGACAAGCCGUGGUUUUGUUGGUGGAAUAAUACAAUGAUGGAAUUCUUCUUGUACGUCAACCAGUCGACAUCGUAUUCCUUGAGCUCCACCGCUGCCAUCAACAGCAACAUGCCAGCAAGCACAGCUGGCUUAAGCGCUGACUCCAAACGCGGCGACUCUCCCACCGUUGAUUACCCACGGAGAAUUAAGAUGGAGGAGCGCCGAGAUGACCCAUCGCGCGAAUCUCCCUACUGUCAGCAAAUGCAAAUCCGCAACAACGGGGGUCUGGCACUUCUUUCGGGCAACAUUGUUAACAUCAAAGAGAACGAGCCCACGCCGACUACUACCUACACCAACUAUAACGGUGGCACUGCCCAGACAUACACUGCCAAGGCAUCCUACGCCAGCCCGUGCUACUGUGUGUCUUUGACUGACUAG